AUGGAGAGAGCCACAGCUGGAGUGAAGACGAUAAAGGGGAAUGAAGUGAUUGAGGGCUGCAGUGCUAUCGACACUCCACAAGAGAAAGAAAAAGAACAAGAAUCCCACUCUGGGGCCAUAGCCAUGGAGACCAGCCAGCUUUCAGAGAUGGCGAACCUAACAGACUAUAAAAUGGAUUCUGGGGAAACAGAGGACCAGAGACACCUGCUUAGCGAAAGCGAGGAAGAAUGUGACCGAGAACCUUUCGCAGAAUACAGAGGAACAAGAGAGAACUUAAAAACGUCAGUGGAUGAACCGGACGAAGAUGAUGAAAGUGGUGAGGUGAACAGAGAGGAGGAGACUCACAACUUUGAGACAGGACGAAAUGAUUUCAGUCUAACACAGUUACUCAACUCCUCAAGUAUAUUUGGUAGUGAACCCGUUUGCAAGGUGGAAGACCUGCUUGCACAAGGUCACCUGGGCAACUCUUCUCCAUCAGAAGUGACGACACAAGAGUCCAUCUUGGAGCAGCGCAUCCGAGAGGAGGUCUCCUCAGAUGUCUCAACAGGGUCCUGUCAUGACCCUGACCGAGAUGACCUGAGUGACUGUCUCCAGGUAGAAAUGGCCAUCGUGUCAUCAGACAGUGAGGCUGACGACCAGUGGAGGUCCACUUUUGCCUCUACAGUCAACAAGGAGGAAGGCUGUGAUGGAAAUGCUCAAGAGGCCCUCGAGAAGGACAGAGCCGCAGGGGAGGCAGAGAAUGGGGCCAAGGGUGAAACUGGAGAUAGUCCUCGCGUUCUUGAACAACCCGAUUGCCCGACAGAAUGCGAGAUCCAAGACAUGCCCUCUGGCAAGUUCCAGGGCUUAUCCAAAAUUCCAGAGGAUGAAGAAGAGGUCAGCCAAGGCAGGACUCACAAAGUGAGUCGUUCUACAUCUGCAAGCUCUUCUGCAAGCUCUGACCCCGACAAGAAGGUUCCUAAAGACUACUGUGUGAUACAAGAAAUGAAGAGCAAAAACAUUAGUACAGAGCAUGUGGACUUCCAGGGGGCUCGGAAGCAGUGGCGUCAAAUGGAGGAGCAGACCCAAGGAGAGGUCCAGGUCCACCAGCCCACUGUCAGACAGCAGGGGAUGUGCCAGGGAGGUCACAGCGCCAUGUACACACCCGUCAGGAACAUUGACCGACCCAGGAGGGACCCCGAAAUUGACAGCCUUGCCCUUGGUGACUUUCAACACACUCAGUUCAGCCCAUGUUCAGAAGACUCAGGUAUGGAUGACUUCAGCUACAGGUCCCUUUACGAGGACUCAGACAACCCUGUCGAAAGGGAGAUACGACAGACCAUAGAGCGUGAGGAGAACUUCAGGCGUGAGAGAGAGAUUGCCAAACAGGGUCAAGCUGGAGAAUCAUCUGCACAUUCGAAAACCCGACCAACUACUCUCUACCCCAGCAAGUACGGCAAAGGCCUUUGCCAUGAGGUGGAAGAGAAACAGAAGAUGUUUGAGUCUAGUGAUCCCGGAUGCAGGCCUUUGAGGUCUCCCAACGCAAAGAACCCAACCGUCUCCAUAUCCACCUCCCCAUCGCCCACACCAAGGGGUGCAACCUACCAUGAGAUGACCGCCCAAAAUGUUAUCAUCCUGGAGCCGGACUCCUACCCCACCAGCCCGAGGCAUCGCACCCGGGGAUCCUUGCUAUCUCCGGGGCCCAGCAGGUACAGUGAGUGGCCCUUGGAAACGUCAGCCAAUGUCAUCAUUUUAGAGACGUCCAACCUGAUCAUCCGGAGUGCCUCUGAGUUCUGCCUGAGCUCGGCCUCCUGCCAGGAGACCCAGGAGAGCACAUUUGUCAACAACCCCUUCUUCAAGCUGCGCUCGCGGAGCUCCAUGUCCCUGGUGGACCAGGAGAUUAAGAUGGUGAAGCAGAGGGAGGAGGAGUGGAGGAGGCAGAAGAGCCAGAUGCAGACCAGGGAGAAGUACGACACCGUCCUGGUGUCCCCAAACCUCCUUGAUAACCUGAGCUUUGAUAAAGCAGAAGUGCCACUGAAAUGUGUGUCUUCCCCUUCAUCACCAUCAAGGACUCGAAAGCUGGACCGCUCCGCCCUGUCAUGUGACCAUAGGUUCCCAGAAUCACUCUCCCCAGGACCAAGGAAAAAGAAUGCCAUGGCUCAGAGAUGGGAGGCAGGACUAUUUGUCAACCAUGAAAAAGAGUAAAGAACAUCAAACCAGAAUAAUACCGUGCCAUACAACAGAUGCCAACUUCCUGAACUUUAGAUGUUUUCCAGUUCUAUUGAUACAGCUUGAAUAUUAACUUCAAAGCUACAGUACCAGUAGUGAAACAAAAAUGUAAAUUAAAUUGUAAGAGAUGAGAAUUUGAAGAUAUGGACUGCCAGAUGCUUUUUGAAUGUGACAAUGAAUAUGAUUGUCUGGUUAAGAUUUUUACAUUUUUGAAGUACUGUCUUGGUUAUACAAAAGAUGUUGCAUUUUUGUAUUGCAUUUUAUUCUAAACAGACUUUAAAUUAAAAAGGCUGAGAAAUGUGGACAUACGUAUAUUAUGACUACCUGCAUAAUUAACUUCAUGCCAAGUGUUUAAUAUGAUAGCCACUUAUAGUAUAUUCAAAGCUUGACCUGACAUUGCCAUUUUGAGAUGCCUUUUUUUUUUAACCUUCAAAUGUGAUUUUUUUGGGUUGCUGUUGGCUUAGUAUUACUUGCUAGACUAGCACAAAACUCCAAGCGGAAUACUUUAAUGUUUAAAUGGCAUUCAUUUUAAGUGUUGUUUCAUGGAGAAUGUGUUUGUUCAUUCUCAAUUGAAAAUGCUACACCAAAAUAAAGUUGGAUUGACAUUAAGGACAAUAAUUGGCUGUGUCCUCCUGUUACCUAGAAAUGCAUGUGCCUGUCAGUGUGUAUUGAUUGGGAAGCUAGCUGUAAAUCCAAUAAAAUGUACAGCCACAGGAAGGGAGUUACAUUUGGAAAGUUAUUU